UUAAUUCUCUCUGAACCUUGGCUCCGCGGUGUCGUCGGAUUCGUUCCCAGCUGUCUGGCUUCCCAACCCGCAUCGUCACACCCGCAGCUUUUCCAUACUUUGAUUGGACUGCCGCAUGAUCGCAACUUGAAUGACAUGGGUCAACUCAUGAUAGUUACGCACCUGCGUCUACGGAGCCCCGCUCUCCGCGACGAGUUGGUGGCAAAACUGAGAGAAACAACGUGGCGCGUCCGCCAGGAGGGGACAGGGGGUAUGGUUAGAUCGGGACUCCUCGUACCUCGCGAGGAAGAGGAUGGCAUAACUCUUUACACUUAUACUGUAUAUGAGGAUGCAGCCGCAAUUGUCCACUACAGGGGAACCCCUGCUAUGAAAGAGUUCUACGCAUGGAACAUGGUAAACGAUAUCGUGACGGGCAUACCGACAAUGUACCAACUAGAGCUCAUCGACGGCUUGGGCUUCUGCCACACCAAUAUUCCCGACACUACUGGUCUGCAUGCUGUCCUUGCAGAGCUCAAAUAUAAGCCUGACACGGUGCCCAAGGCAGUGGCGCACUGGAAAGAUGUUAUAGAGAAGGCUGGGAAGGAGGAGGAGGAGGAGGAUGCUCGGACAGUGGCAUACAAUGUGGCCACGACCUCCGAAGACGAACACGCGCUGUUUAUCCUGAAACUAUACCAGGACCCAGAAGGCUCAUCAGAUGGUCAGGGGUCAAGAAGCGCAAUAGUGGAAGGGGUGGAGAGUACGAAGUCCAUCUUGACGGGUCAAAACUGCAUGCAGCUGAAAAUUAUAGCUGGGUUCAUUAGCUGAGAUGAGGUGUCUUGAGAUAUCCAUACUCAGCAUCAGUGGGAAGACAGGUACAAGGAGAGAUCUACGUUGCCAUGUUUCCUAAGGCGGUGGAAAGCACCGGUAUACUUUCGGGUGGGAGGGCAAAUACCCAUCAGCGGUGAAAUUCGGUCUCGAACUUUUUCAUAGUAUAGGAUCCUGCCAAAAAAUACCCACAGGGGGAGCUAGAAUUGGUAGGGGUUGAGGAAUAGGCAUAUAUUACUAAUGCUUGGGACGUGCACGUAAAGGAAGGUAUCUACGUAUGAAUUUGGCGAAUAUUGAUGUUGAGGUGUUGAACAAUACCUUCACGG